AUGUCGACAACCGCCCCCCUGGACUGCCUGUAUUUCCCUCAUAUCCUCGACGCCAUCAUCGAGUACGCCAAGUUUCCGUCCCUUCUGGUCUUGGCGGCGACCUCAAAGGCCUUGAAGGCCCGCAUCGGCCCCAGGAUCGCAGGUGUACAACUGCGCAGCGAUUACAUUGUGGUUACUCGGCACGAAGGCCCCGAGUACCUCGAUGGCCGCCCAGUCCCCCCGCACAAGUGGGACUCGAUUGAUGCCACUGCCGUUGACUUUCCUGGCCCUCAGGAUUUCGCUCCAGUUCAAGUCGGCGAAACGUGCGUUUGCAAGCUUGGCCACCUUCGAAUUAAAGCAAGGGUAUCGCGGCAGUCGGUGCCAGUUUGCCGGCAUUGCAUCGAGGUAGACGCCGACAAGGCGGUCGUCUUCUUCGACCUCCGAAAGAGCUGGAUUGGAAACCCCUUGGUCGUCGAGCCGGGCUGCAUUGUUCGGGGCCCUACCAGCCUCGUCUACACCAUCCUUAUCAACCCAGGCCCUCCUCACUCCGGCACCCGGCUCAUCCCCCUGUCCACCUUCCCUCCCUCUGUGCGCGACGUUCUGAUCCGCGUGUUGGCAACGAAAGGUUCCAAGGCGCUCCCCUUACCGGCCAGCAAGAACAUGUCCGACACGUCAGCUCCAUUGCACGACCUCCUCCUCAUGAUCGUCAACCUCAUCCACAAGCAAUCUUACAACCAGUCGAAUUCCCACUACCCAGAGUGCAAGCUCGUCGGUGUCGGAGAAUGGGACUAUCGCUGGCUGCAACCAAGCCGUACAACUCCGCCCGCAUCCUUUCCUGACUAUAUCAAGGACAUUAUCGAAAAGUUGGGUGUUGCCACCUACCCCAACUGGAAGAUGUGGACCCGAGACCACCAGCGGUUCAAGUUUUACCCAACCUUCUCAAGCAACUACGACUCCACGCCCUUUCAGAGCAACAGGGAUCCGUGGGAGAAUGUGGAAACCGUGUGGGACUGGUAA